AUCUCUUCUCCAAAAAGGAUAUACACCAACAUCCUUAUUUUACUGACAUUGCCAAAACACCGUGACAAAGAGGCAAAAUCCACACAAAACACAUCUGCAAAUUCAGAAUCAGAUAACGAAAUAAGCGCAAAACUAAGAAAAAAUGGCUUUGGUCCCAACCCCAGCAGUGAAUGAAGGCCCUUUGUUUGCUGAAGUGGAUAUGGGAGAUAAUUCCUCCACCCCCACUGUCCGUGCCACUGUAGUUCAGGCCUCUACCAUCUUUUACGACACCCCUGCCACUCUUGUUAAAGCAGAGAGGCUGCUUGCAGAAGCGGCUUCUUAUGGUGCUCAGCUUGUGGUGUUUCCUGAAGCAUUUAUCGGUGGUUAUCCGCGUGGAUCAACUUUUGGUGUCUCAAUUGGGAAUCGAACAGCCAAGGGGAAGGAGGAGUUUCGCAAAUAUCAUGCUUCUGCCAUUGAUGUGCCAGCAAUGGCUGGAAAAUACAAGGUGUACUUAGUGAUGGGUGUUAUUGAGAGAGAUGGAUACACACUAUAUUGCACCGUGCUUUUCUUCGACUCUCAGGGUCACUUUCUUGGAAAGCAUCGGAAGAUAAUGCCAACAGCGUUGGAGCGGAUAAUUUGGGGUUUUGGCGACGGAUCAACAAUUCCAGUUUAUGACACUCCACUUGGAAAAAUAGGUGCUGCAAUAUGUUGGGAGAACAGAAUGCCACUUCUAAGGACCGCAAUGUAUGCUAAAGGAAUUGAGAUAUAUUGUGCACCUACAGCUGAUUCUAGGGAUGUGUGGCAGGCAUCAAUGACCCACAUUGCAUUGGAGGGUGGUUGUUUUGUUUUAUCAGCCAAUCAGUUCUGUCGAAGGAAAGAUUAUCCCCCUCCACCUGAAUAUGUUUUUUCCGGCACAGAAGAAGAUCUUACACCAGAUUCCAUUGUUUGUGCUGGUGGUAGUGUAAUUAUAUCGCCAUCAGGGGCUGUGCUGGCCGGACCAAAUUAUGUAGGGGAGGCGCUCAUCUCAGCUGAUCUAGAUCUUGGAGAAAUAGCUCGAGCCAAGUUUGAUUUUGAUGUGGUUGGGCACUAUGCAAGACCUGAAGUUCUUAGCUUGAUCGUGAGGGAUCAUGCGGUGAGCCCUGUUAGUUUCACUUCUACAUCCAGUAAAGCAGAGAGCUCUCCCAAAUGACAAGGACCUGUUUACAUAUGCAUCUUGUACGUUGCUGAGCCGUCCAAAGUAGUCAGAAACUCCGGGCUGUUUGUUUCAGUGUGAGUUGACAAAUUUCCGCCUCUUUGCGAAGGUUGUAUAGUAGUCCUUUGUUAUUUUAUCUGCUGUGUACAUACAUCCCUUGAGACUUGCCAAUUGGCCAACUCAAUGUCUUUUUUGUAUGAGAAACAUGUUGAUAGUCAAUCCUGGUCAAUGAAAAACCCUGUUGUCUUGGUUGUUUUCUAUAA